GAGAACAGUCUUCCUGUCAGAAAACAAUGGUUACAGUACAAGUCUUCCUGGCAGAGAACAAUGGUUACAGUACAAGUCUUCCUAGCAGAGAACAAUGGUUACAGUACAAGUCUUCCUGGCAGAGAACAAUGGUUACAGUACAAGUCUUCCUGGCAGAGAACAAUGGUUACAGUACAAGUCUUCCUGGCAGAAAACAAUGGUUACAGUACAAGUCUUCCUGGCAGAGAACAAUGGUUACAGUACAAGUCUUCCUGGCAGAGAACAAUGGUUACAGUACAAGUCUUCCUGGCAGAGAACAAUGGUUACAGUACAAGUCUUCCUGGCAGAGAACAAUGGUUACAGUACAAGUCUUCCUGGCAGAGAACAAUGGUUACAGUACAAGUCUUCCUGGCAGAGAACAAUGGUUACAGUACAAGUCUUCCUGGCAGAAAACAAUGGUUACAGUACAAGUCUUCCUGGCAGAGAACAAUGGUUACAGUACAAGUCUUCCUGGCAGAAAACAAUGGUUACAGUACAAGUCUUCCUGGCAGAGAACAAUGGUUACAGUACAAGUCUUCCUGUCAGAGAACAAUGGUUACAGUACAAGUCUUCCUGGCAGAGAACAAUGGUUACAGUACAAGUCUUCCUGUCAGAAAACAAUGGUUACAGUACAAGUCUUCCUGGCAGAGAACAAUGGUUACAGUACAAGUCUUCCUGUCAGAGAACAAUGGUUACAGUACAAGUCUUCCUGGCAGAGAACAAUGGUUACAGUACAAGUCUUCCUGGCAGAAAACAAUGGUUACAGUACAAGUCUUCCUGGCAGAAAACAAUGGUUACAGUACAAGUCUUCCUGGCAGAGAACAAUGGUUACAGUACACGUCUUCCUGGCAGAGAACAAUGGUUACAGUACAAGUCUUCCUGGCAGAAAACAAUGGUUACAGUACAAGUCUUCCUGGCAGAGAACAAUGGUUACAGUACAAGUCUUCCUGGCAGAGAACAAUGGUUACAGUACAAGUCUUCCUGGCAGAGAACAAUGGUUACAGUACAAGUCUUCCUGGCAGAAAACAAUGGUUACAGUACAAGUCUUCCUAGCAGAGAACAAUGGUUACAGUACAAGUCUUCCUGGCAGAGAACAAUGGUUACAGUACAAGUCUUCCUGGCAGAAAACAAUGGUUACAGUACAAGUCUUCCUGGCAGAGAACAAUGGUUACAGUACAAGUCUUCCUGGCAGAGAACAAUGGUUACAGUACAAGUCUUCCUGGCAGAGAACAAUGGUUACAGUACAAGUCUUCCUGGCAGAGAACAAUGGUUACAGUACAAGUCUUCCUGGCAGAAAACAAUGGUUACAGUACAAGUCUUCCUGGCAGAAAACAAUGGUUACAGUACAAGUCUUCCUGGCAGAGAACAAUGGUUACAGUACAAGUCUUCCUGGCAGAAAACAAUGGUUACAGUACAAGUCUUCCUGGCAGAAAACAAUGGUUACAGUACAAGUCUUCCUGGCAGAGAACAAUGGUUACAGUACAAGUCUUCCUGGCAGAGAACAAUGGUUACAGUACAAGUCUUCCUGGCAGAAAACAAUGGUUACAGUACAAGUCUUCCUGGCAGAGAACAAUGGUUACAGUACAAGUCUUCCUGGCAGAGAACAAUGGUUACAGUACAAGUCUUCCUGGCAGAGAACAAUGGUUACAGUACAAGUCUUCCUAGCAGAGAACAAUGGUUACAGUACAAGUCUUCCUGGCAGAGAACAAUGGUUACAGUACAAGUCUUCCUGGCAGAGAACAAUCCAAUCAUGUAAGACUAGCGUAGGUGAAACUAUAAUUUCCAUGGAGAUCUCAGGUUUAUUUGAUUCAAUAAUAGUAGGUUACAUGAAUGAUGCAUCAAAAGUAAUCAUGAUCUGACUAAGAACAGGUCUGUAAUGAGGAAUGUAAUACUGAUAGAAAUGCAUACUAAUUAACAUAUGAAAACAUAAAAAUAAUAUAGUUUAGAUUAAAAGCAUGGA